GUACUGGCUCUCAUCGUCAUCGGUGAGCCGUUUUUUCUUCACACAUCUUCAUUUGUAAUCGUCAUUUUCUCAGGGCGUUAUUCAUCCCGGCUUUUUGUUGCGUACACCACCUUUUACUGCUUAGCAACUAUUCUUUCUAUGCAAAUCCCAUUCGUCGGAUUCCAACCUGUCCGCACUUCUGAGCACAUGCCAGCUUUCGGAGUGUUUGGAAUUCUCCAGAUUGUUGCCGCUAUGCAAUAUGCUCGCCCUCGUAUCACGCGUCAGCAGUUUAUGACUCUAUUCGUUGGAGGUCUAACAGCUGUUGGAAUUCUAGCUGUUGUCGUUUACUUCGCCCUUGUUUGGGGAGGAUAUGUUGCUCCUUUCUCUGGUCGUUUCUAUUCGCUCUGGGAUACUGGAUAUGCCAAGAUUCACAUUCCCAUCAUCGCUUCUGUGUCAGAACAUCAGCCCACCACCUGGGUGUCGUUCUUUUUUGAUCUUCACAUCACAGCGGCUGUUUUCCCCGUGGGACUGUGGUACUGUGUGAAGAAUGUGAAUGAUGAACGAGUGUUCAGUGAGUUUUUAGUAAUAUUGGAUCAGAUGAAAUUUUUUGUUGCAGUUAUCCUGUAUGCAGUCUCAGCUGUGUAUUUUGCUGGUGUGAUGGUUCGACUCAUGCUCACACUUACUCCAGUUGUAUGCGUCCUUUCUGGAAUUGCGUUCUCAUAUACGUUCGAGAAGUAA